CUCGCCUUUUCUACCCGUCCGCGGGGUACAAGCGGCGCCCAAUCAGUGGAUGAGGACGGCUGGCGGGGGGCCCGUCAGUGGCGAGUGGGAGGCAGACGGUGUGACGCACGGAGGACGAAAAAUGACCGACUGCUGCAGAGUCGCAGGUGCAGGCACAGGCACAGGCACUGACUCAGAGACACCGGCACCAGCUACAGGGACAGGCCCCUGAAUACAACUGCUUACCUAUGGAUACAGGGACUGGUCCCCCAGAUACAGACACUGGACCACAGGUGCAGCAACUGAGCGCGAUACAGCGCAUGAUGGGAUCUUUUGAAGAUCUGACCUGGUGUUACAUUCUGACUUCCGUUCUUUGCGGGAAUGGGACCCACUCUCUGGGCCUCACCACCAGCCUGGAAGAUGAGCACACCUUCAGGGUUCCAGGAUUUCAUGGCUCUGGGGACGGGCUCAUUCUAGGCCGAUGCCCCUGACUGAAGCGUCACAGGAGAACAUGGAACAUCGGGAGCAGUGGUUAGCUGCCGGGGUUGUGUGUCUGGACAGCUCCACCUUUAUGGUGCCAACUUUCCAAGCGCAGAGCUCGGAAAAAGCAAUGGAACAAACUUCCAACAUCGUAAAUCAUUCUGACUUCAGAGUGGUACAGAGGGCAAAGAAUAUUAUCAAGUAACCACAGAGAACUUCAUUGUGAGGCACAAAUGUUCUGGUUCCGUCAUCCUGGAGAAACAGAGCAGGCCUUUUUUUUCCAUGAUACUGCAUUUCUGCAAACCCCAGUUGCAAGGAAUAGAGGUAAAUCUCCUGUAACCAGCGAAUACUACAGGUUCUUGAAAAAAUUGACUCUCCUCAGAUGCUGAGUGUUUCAGGUAUUUACUGUUUUACUUAAUGCUGCUAUUAAUUACAAUGCUUCAAGCUUUUUAAAAGAAGCUGAAAUAGAGAUUGCUGCAAAGAAUAAAUUUCCCUAACUCAGCCAGCCAUCCUUAAUCACUGUGCAUGGUCCACACUUGUCCAGACCAAUCAUACUGGACAUCUACAUCCCCACUCCACCAAGUCAGACCACGUGGUUUUGAUGGCAACUGGACCAUGGUCAGUGAUAGAAUAGAGGUAUUCCCUUCUCUAGUCACCAACAAGCACUGGGAGAAGGCAAAACUGAAGGGGGGCUGCCUUUGAUUUUAAUAAUUUAUAUAUUUCCCUGAAAUUCAGCAAAAUCCAAAAGACAUUAACACUGAAAUAAAUAAUUAAGGAAAAAUUACAGCACCUUUCAAAAUAAAAAGUAAAGUUAAUUGAAGUUUAGAGGUUGAGAUUAUUCCUUGAACAUAGGCGAUGAAGAAGUGGCCUUAAAGAGGUAUAUAAGAUCAUGAUGGGUGUAGACAGGGUGAAAGCACAUCAGUCUUUCCCCAGGGAGUAGGUGCUAAAAACAAGAGGGCAUAGAGUUAAGGUCAGAGACAAGAGGCUUAUGAGGGACAUCAGGGGCAGCUUCCUCAUGCAAAAUGUGGAGCAUACUUGGAAUGAGGUUCCAAAAAUAGUGGUUGAGGUGGGCAGAUGAGCAACGUUUAAAAGACUUGUAGAUAAGUAGAUGGAUAGGAAAAGUUUAGAGAGCCAUGGGCCAGCCCAGCUCUCUGAGCAAGAACAAGUUGAUUCAAAGGCCUAUCUUCGUGCUGUAUGAUCUCUAUGAUUUUAAACAGUCAUGCAAUUAUAAUGUACAGAAAUGCAAAAUAAUUUUUAAAAUGUAGGCUGAGUGCUGGUAAUUAACUUUAGUAUAGUUUGGUACUUGAUAUUCAACGCUAGCAUGGUGGCUGAAAGAUCUGUAUCUGUGAUAUUUAAUUCCAUUGCACAAUGAAUCUAUAAAUUUCAUUCCACUCUGCUUCCUCAUCUACGCACCUAGAAUCCCCACUGUAAGUCAUGGGAUCUCUGAUUUUUUUUUUCCAACAUCCCUCAAAUGCCCAACAAGUGUUGUUAAAUCACAAAUUCACAGCAGAUAUGGUUUUGGAUUUACUUUAAUUCAAAUGGCCGAAUGCCAGCAGUUCUCUUUGGAACUUCUAGCUGCAGCUCAUGAGUUUCAGCCCAAGUGCAUAAAAGAUUGGUAAUUUAUCUGCUGAAUAGAGAGCUUGUUAAGAACAUUAAAUUGAAGGCAGGAUGGCUCUGUUAUUAAUGAAGUGCCACAGGGAUCAAGAUUGAGCUGUCAGCUAUUUAUAAUCCAUGUUAAUCAUUUAGAUAAAAGAACUGAUGUAUUGUAGCCAAGUUUGCUGACAAUAUGAUAUUGGACAGGAAAGUGAACUCUGAGCAGGACACACUGAGUUUGCAAAGGAUGGGUAAGUGAAAAGGCAAGAAACAAGGGAAGAAAUAUAAAAACGGAAAAUUCAUUUUGGUAUUGAUGAGACAAGUACAUUUAAAUGUUGUUAAAUAGAAGGAUCCUGUAUUCUGGCACUCCAAACAAGCAGAAACUUAGUAUGCAACUACAUGAAGCAAUCGGAAGGCAAAUAGUAUUUAUUGCAAGGGUUGGAGUAUUGAAGUACAUAACUGUUGUUGUAACUGUAGUGUUUGUUGUUUUUUUAAUUGACUUAUUGGUUUAUUAUUGUCGCAUGUACUGAGAUACCGUGAGAAACUUGUCUUGCUUACUGUUCAUACAGAUCAAAUCAUUAGACAGUGCAUUAAGACGGCAUCAGCUAAUAACACUGCCACGGGUGACAUCCUCAAGAUGGUGCAAGGAUCUACUUCUUUCACUAAUGUCUUUUUUCUUCCAAAUGUUGUUCUGAUAUUGUUGGAGCCUGUGAUCUACAGUUUGAUGGUGUGUUUUCGGGCCGACUGAGCGAUCUGGUGCUUUGCUGUCUUCAAGAGGGUUCCGGGGCAAGCAGCCAAGAAGCUUGAGGCUUAGAGAGCCCAUGAUCAACUGCAUUUCUCACUGAUUAAGGCAUUGAGGAAGAUUGAAAACAUCGAGGUGAAUGCAGGAGAGUGAGUGUUCAGUGGUGUCUACCAGCCUCUUGCUUGCUGCUUCCAGAGAAGAUGUCUGCAUAUGACAGUCAGUCAGUCUCUCUGCCCCUCUCUCCCUUUCACUCACUGCUCCUGAAGAAAGGUCCCUGCAUUUGGAUGAUCUCUCUCCCUCUAUGCCAUUGAAGAAUAGUGCCAGAGCCAGUUUAAUCGACACGGUUUGUGGAUUGGACUGUGGUUCAUAUUAUGAUGUGUUUUCUCUUGGUCACUCCUUUUUCUGUUGCUAUUUUUGGGCAAAUUUGAAUCAGGGCAGCCUGCAGAUAAUGAACACUGAGCUGAUCUGAAUAUCGACACUUUCAUUUGUGUUUUAUUUUUCAGUAUCUUUGCUCAUUCUUUUUUAUUGCUGUUUGCGUGAUUUGUUUUUUUAUGUGUGGUGGAGGGUGGGAGGUUGAUGUUUUUCUUUGAACUGGUUUCAUGGCUUUCUUUGUUUCACGGCUGUCUGUGGGAAGAUGAAUCUCAGAGUUGUAUACUGUUACGAAUGAGGAGCAACGCUGAUGGGCAGAAGGGUACAGAAUCGCUAAUGCCUGCCCCCCCCCCUUUUGAGAAUCGCAAGAUCGCUAUUAUUUCGGGUCUGAUACCCAGGAAAUGAGAGAGAGACAACGCCAGAAUACUCAAGGUGAAAUGUCUCCUAUUGACAAAGAGAGAGAUUACUGCUAUUGUCUCUUGGAGAAGGAAUUGUGUAUUGAGUACUGUACUAUUCAUUGAAACCCCUCAGGGGGCAACCAGAGUGGGCUGGUUGAGGGAUUGCAUCAUCCCAACCUGAUUGACACCUGAGACCCCGUGAGCGGGGAUAAAAGUAGGGUCUGGGGAACGCCCUCAGACUCACCAGGAGAAACGCUACGAGACCGGUGGGGGCGUGUGUGUGUCCACCCUUGCCUGAGUGACGAGUCCACCACGGAACGGUCUAGCUAAAGGACACGGAGGGGUCGUAUGUGAAUGGCCACAACAACAACGAAUCGAAGGAUCCAGAUCGUAAAAGGAAAGUCGGCAAGUUAAUAGCUGUUACUGCUUUUUCUCUCUUUCUCUCUUUCUCCAACAAUUGCAACACAGUGAUCAACAAUGACUGCAGCCUGUAUGAAUUGAACUGAACUUUAUAUUUCCAUCGGACAAUUCAUUAUCCCCUAGACAAUGAUAGAGCUUAUUUCUUAUUGAUUAUUAUUAUACCCGCACUUUUAGGUUUAGUAUUAAUGAUGUAUAUUAUCUGUAUAUUUGCAUUGAUAUUAUUUUUGUGUAUUUUUACUAAUAAAUACUGUUAAAAAUAGUAUCAUCAGAUUUCAACUGUUACUCCUAUCUUUGCUGGUAAGACACCCAGUUACGGGGUUCAUAACAACUUGGGGCCUCGUCUUGAGAUUUGAUACCAAAUUGGAGGGCCAGUAAAUUGGGCUUUUAAGUCCAGACUUGGAUCUGGUUGUGCGGGUAACCAGACGGGAAACCAGCAAAGAUGGACGUAGACGAAUUUACACAAAACCCAACUUUGAAGGCGCUAGAGGGGGCCACAAAGUCGGACUUGGUAAAUAUUGUGAAAGGACUAAAUCUCGCAGAGGUGAGGUUGUCAAUGAAAAACUGGGAGAUGCGGAGGGCCACAACUCAGUAUUAUAUUGAGACGGAUGUGUUUUCGGCUGAGGUAUUGGACAAUAUCCCUGAAAAGCUACCAGCUAGUGGGACGGUUCAGUUAGAGUUGGAAAAAUUGAGGCUGGACGCGGAACAGACGAAGAGGGAGCAUGAAAUUAGGUUAAAACAGCUGGAAGCAGCUGAAAAGGAGAAGGAAAGAGCUGAAAAGCAGAGGGAGUAUGAGGAGAAGGAGAAACAGAGGCAGCAUGAGCUGGAUAUGGAGAAGUUAAGGCAAGAGUGAAGAGCUCAAGGGCCAGAUCGAGAGGAGAGAUUUAAUGUUAGUAGGGAGAUUAGGUUAAUACCUCCGUUCGAAGUGACAGAUGUUGAUAGUUAUUUCUUGCAUUUUGAAAAGGUGGCAGUGAGUCAGAAGUGGCCCAGAGAUCAGUGGGUGGCUUUGUUACAAAGUGUGUUAAAGGGGAAGGCACAAUGAGCAUAUGUGGCAUUGUCUGUGGAGAAGUCUGAGAAUUAUGAGGAAAUAAAACAGGCCAUUCUUCGGGCCUACAAAUUGGUACUUGAGGCCUAUAGACAAAAGUUCAGAGAUUUAAAGAAAGUGUGGAAUCAGACGUAUGCAGAGUUUGCCUAUGAGAAGGGUGUGCUCUUGGAUCAUUGGUGUGUGGCAGAAAGGGUGGAAGAGGAUUUUCGGCAUCUCAGGGAGUUAAUUCUGAUUGAGGAAUUUAAAGGUUGUGUUUCGGAUGAUAUCCGGAUGUAUUUGAAUGAGAAGCUGAAUAAGUCCAUAUCCAAAUUUGCCAAGUUCGCAGAUGAAUAUGCCCUAACCCACAAGACAAAGUUUUCCUCGAAUAAGAGUUACCAGAAAGACCAUAGAAAUGGUAGAGAAAGCCCGCCGGCUGAGGCAGAAAUUCAGCCGGGAGCUAGUGGUAAAAAUAAGGAGGAAGAAAGGCAAGAUGGCAGGAGGGUUCCUGGCUUGACCUGUUUUAAUUGUGGAAAGGUGGGUCAUAUUGCAUUUAAGUGCUUUGCUCUGAGGAAGGAGACAGGAAAAGGGAAAACAGCAGUCCCUACAGGAUGUAUUGUGUCGAUCAGCAAAUCGACGAUAAAGCCCCAGGUAGAUAGAAUAUGAGAGGGGCGUGAGAAAUUUAUUUCAGAAGGGACCAUGUCUGUGAAAGAGGGAGAAACACCAGUUCCGGUGCAGAUCUGGAGAGAUACUGGAGCUGAGCAGUCAUUGAUUCUCAGUAAGGUACUAGAUUUUGGUCCUGAGACUGGAGAGGUAGUUUUAAGAGGUAUAGGAAAAGGGACGGAAGCUGUGCCUUUGCAUAGGAUCAUUAUAAAUUGUGAUCUGGUAUCUGGACCAGUUGAAAUAAGGGUGCGAUCAGAAUUUCCGAGAGCUGACGUGGACGUCCUUCUUGGUAACGAUUUAGCAGGUGGUGAGGUUUGGUCAGCAAUGAAGCUGACGAGCCAGCCUGUAAGUGUUGAGGACCUGCCCCUAGAUUCCAAGAUCUAUCCCGCAUGCGCGAUCACUCGCAGCAUGUCGAGAAAGGCAGUUGAGAAAGACACCAGUUUAAAUGAGUCCUGUGUGGAUUUGGCUGAGACAUUUUUACCAACCCUGUACCAAGAGGGGUUAGAGGGUGGUAAACCGGAGAAUAGGGAGGUGAAAGAGAGUAAGGGAAAGGAGGUAGACCUACCCUUAGCCAGGAGGAAAUUUAUAGAGGCACGGAGUAAAAAUGAGAAACAGAUAAGGCUGUUAGAAGGUCCACGGUUGGACAUGGAUGAUCUGUCUGGCUUGACAGAACUGUUUGAAGAAGUUAAAGAAUUUAAAUGUGUUCCCGAUAAUGAAAUAAGGGCAGUCCUAGAUGAAAAGGAUGCCGUUACGUUGAAGGAGUCAGCUGGGUUAGCAGAUGAGGUUGUUUUAACCCACAGGGUUGAGUUUACUCCGGAAGGGAGUUGCCCAGAGAGUAACUGGGAGGAUCAGGGGAACUUAGAAUUUGAAAAGGGGACGGGUAUUGAAAGCCUGGAAGAGGCAGAUGUCCCGUCUGAGUGUGUUCAAGAUGUGGAUGCACAUGGUACUGAACCUAGUAAUGAAAUUCAGGAAAAGUCUGAGGUAUUUGAUUCAGUUAAAAAGGAAUGCAAUCCUUGUGGGUCAGAUAGACUUGGUUCAGUGAAGAAAGAGUUAACCUUGGUAAUAGUGGGAAGUGAGAAUUCCCAAUUGUUUGUGUUCAAAGGUGUGUUAAAAGUUAGUGAGGAGAUAAAAGGUGGUGAUGUGGAUAUUAUUAUUGAAAGAGAAGGGAAAAGUGUAGUUCCUAAAUUGAAUAAAGAAAAUUUAAAGUCUGGAUUGGUGUCAGAAGCAGUAACCAGGCUGAAGGAACAAUGGCUUGUUAACAAGGUACCUGCGAAUCAAUUACAGUUUAAUUUGGAAUGUAAAGGUACCACACUCACUAAUGUUAUUCAAGGGUGUGCUGUGAAGAGGCAGAAUUUGAAAUGUUGUUUGGACAAAGAGGGAUCGCUUGCAGAUAUUAAACUGAAAACUAAUAGAAUGAAGGGUCCUGAAAAUAAAACUAACGACUUGCUUAAAAAUAAAGAAUUGUGUGGAAGUUCAGAAAAUGGGCUAAGUUUGGAAAACAUUGUUGAUAAAAUAACUCCUAUGAAAGGAGCAUGCAAAAGCCUAUUCCACACUGGUAAGCAAGCUAACCACGUGAGAGUUAACUGGAAAAGGGGCAAAGGUUGAAAAAUGCCACUUUAAAUAACAGGAUCUGCUUUUAAGGGAUUUCAACCAAGCAUGUAAAUAAUAAAGACAACACCAUGGAAGAUUGACUGUUAAGUUUGAAAGUAAAAUAAAGAUUAGUAUUUGCAUAAACUUUUGUAAUAUACACGUAAGCUAAGAUCACAACUCUUUAGUUUUGUUUUGCUGAAGAAAAGGAAUAAAAUAGGUGGUUAUUAAAUUGGAGUCUGAUGCUACAGGAAUUUAUUAAGGUACAAGAUAUUAAGAUAUUAAAGGAAGUGAUAAUGUGCUCGCUGACUGUUUAUCUAGAUGCUGAAUUGAAUGUAUAAUUGUAUUACUCUGUAGUGAAAAAAAACUCUUUUGUAUUGUGUUAGAUUCGGAAAUUCUGUAAGACUCUGUAUAAGUUAAUUUUUCCCAGUGGUAAAAAUCCUUAGAAAGAUGAGGGUGUUAUGAAUGAGGAGCAACUCUGAUGGGCAGAAGGGUACAGAAUCUCCAAUGCCUGCCCCCCCCUUUUGAGAAUCGCAAGAUCACUAUUAUUUCGGAUCUGAUACCCAGGAAAUGAGAGGGAGACAACGCCAGAAUACACGAGGUGGAAUGUCUCCUAUUGACAAAGAGAGAGAUUACUGCUAUUGUCUCUUGGAGAAGGAAUUGUGUAUUGAGUACUGUACUAUUCAUUGAAACCCCUCAGGGGGCAGCCAGAGUGGUCUGGUUGAGGGAUUGCAUCAUCCCAACCUGAUUGACACCUGAGACCCCGUGAGCGGGGAUAAAAGUAGGGUCUGGGGAACGCCCUCAGACUCACCAGGAGAAACGCUACGAGACCGGUGGGGGCGUGUGUGUGUCCACCCUUGCCUGAGUGACGAGUCCACCACGGAACGGUCUAGCUAAAGGACACGGAGGGGUCGUAUGUGAAUGGCCACAACAACAACGAAUCGAAGGAUCCAGAUCGUAAAAGGAAAGUCGGCAAGUUAAUAGCUGUUACUGCUUUUUCUCUCUUUCUCUCUUUCUCCAACAAUUGCAACACAGUGAUCAACAAUGACUGCAGCCUGUAUGAACUGAACUGAACUUUAUAUUUCCAUCGGACAAUUCAUUAUCCCCUAGACAAUGAUAGAGCUUAUUUCUUAUUGAUUAUUAUUAUACCCACACUUUUAGGUUUAGUAUUAAUGAUGUAUAUUAUCUGUAUAUUUGCAUUGAUAUUAUUUUUGUGUAUUUUUACUAAUAAAUACUGUUAAAAAUAGUAUCAUCAGAUUUCAACG